CAACAAAAGCUGUAACAACAAAAUCAAUGUGAAGCAACCCGAAACAGAACACCGGUCGCCGUCCUUUCCAUCCGACCUCUACUCUCCGAUUGUCCCACCCGGUCAACGGCUAGAUUAAGGGGUGAUGAUCACCCAGACCCUCACCUACUGGCUCUCGGAGCACCCCUCCAUCGUCAGUUUCCGGUGGAGCCACACCCAAUCCUGCUCCACCUGGUCAUUCCUUGUCACUUCCAUAGUUCUUUAUCUCGCCGUCUCCACCUUCCUCCACCUCCUCCUGGCGCUCCUCCUCCGUCCCAGUAAGGCUGUUCCUCUCGGUCCAAUCCCGGCUCUCCACAGCCUCUCUAUGGCUCUCAUCUCCGCCACCAUCUUCGCCGGAAUCCUCCUAUCCGCUGCCGCAGAGAUCCGGGACACCCGCUGGUUCUGGCGCCGCUCCAAGACCCCUUUCCAGUGGCUUCUCUGCUUCCCACUCGGCACCCGCCCGUCGGGUCGGGUUUUCUUCUGGUCCUAUAUCUACUACUUGACCCGUUUCCUCCACAUGCUCCGAACCUUAUUCACCGUUCUACGACGUCGUAAGCUCGCGUUCUCCCAGCUCUUCAACCACUCCAUCCUCACCUGCAUGUCGUUUCUCUGGCUCGAGUUCUCGCAAUCCUUCCAGGUCCUCGCCAUCAUCUUUACGACGUCGGUUUACUCCGUGGUGUACGGGUACCGGUUCUGGACGGCAAUCGGGUUGCCCAGCGCGUGCUUUCCGUUCGUGGUGAACUGCCAGAUCGUGCUUUUGGGUUGCAACCUGGUGUCACAUGUGGGUGUCCUGCUGUUACAUUUCUUCAAGGGCGGAUGCAACGGAAUUGGCGCGUGGGGCUUCAACUCUGUGCUCAAUGGCGCCAUUCUGCUUCUGUUCUUGAAUUUCUAUGUGAAAAUGCACUUUAGGAAGAGAAAGUGCGGGUCCGAGGUUCUCUCCUGCUCUGCCUCGGAGGCAGAAAUGAAGAAGGUUAAAGAGAAGGAUGUUUGAGUGGAAUCGACAAUUAUCUAGACAGAGAAAUUAGAAACCUCAAAUGUUCCUAAUUGUAAGUAAAUACUAUACUGUUAAGGAGAGAGGAUAAGCGAUGGAUUAUACGUUUUUACACUAAUCCUAAAGUUUUUGGAAUGGGCGUGUGAGUUUACUUCAUCCUCUGUUUUUCUUUUCUUUUGAUUCAAAUUUUUUGUGAACGAAAUUGUUUAAAGUCUA